AUGGGCUCUAUCGAGGGGGAACCGCCCACUGAAUCGAAGCCAAUCCCAUUCAACCUAACGGACGUUGACCGCCAAGUUCUCUCUCAGACUGACGAGGAGUUUGUGUUUCAUGACUGGGAAGACUUGGAGAGAAUAAUUGCUCGCAAUGACCUCGCAAUCCUCCGCCGGAAACCAUCCGAUCUCCGCCGCUACAUAGCCUGGACAAACGACAUCAAGUCCACGCAUGGCUCCAUCACAAAAUAUAUAUGCCUCAAACGUCUCCGAUGGUGGACUCCUGACCCUACCAUCGAUUUGGUAGAAACCCCUAUUCCAGAGAUUCCUUAUAAGAAUGCAACUCCAUUUGCCGAUCCGUCCGAUUUCAAGGUUCUGCGUAACGACUGGCCUUAUGGCGUAACGCCGGAUAUUACGCAUAUCGUUGUCUGGUCCAAGACUCCGAUUGCUACCAAACCCGAGAAUGGGGAUGUAACGGACGAGUCUCGAGCAUUGAUUGAAGAGUUCGUGGAUCGGACUUUUGUGCAGCGUCUACAAAGCGACCCGGCUUUUCAAGGUGUACAGAAAGAUGUCAUUAGGAAAGAGCAUGUGAUGUGGUUUAAGAAUUGGGCUGCUUUACAGAGUGUGAGGAGUUUGGAGCAUUUUCAUGUGCUGGUUAAAGGCGUUCCAGAGGCUGUUAUUACUGAAUGGACGGAUGAGAGGGAUGUUGUGCGGUAG